AUGGCGUGCACGACGAUUGGUUUGUUUAUGCUGUUAACUCUAUGCAUCGUAUCAGCGGAGAAGAGAAACGUGCUCAUAAUUUUAGCUGAUGACUAUGGAUUUGAGAACCAAGCAUACAACAAUACAGUGUGUCAGACACCUCAUCUCAAUAAAUUAGCCAGUCACAGCGUCAUAUUCAAACAUGGUUACACUGCUGUCAGUAGCUGCUCACCAAGCAGAUCAUCCAUACUAACAGGUCUACCACAACACCAGAAUGGCAUUUAUGGCCUCGCAGGUGGCAUUCAUCAUUUCCAUGCAUUUGACGAAAUCCGAAGUUUACCAGUAAUUCUAAAAGACGCUAACAUAAGGACAGGUAUCAUAGGAAAAAAGCAUGUGCAGCCCGACACAGUCUUCAAAUUUGACUAUGAAAGAACAGAAGAGCAGUAUUCCAUGAUGCAAGUAGCACGUAAUAUCACGUUUAUGAAAGAACUGGUACAUGAAUACCUUAAUGUCAAUGACACAAGGCCUUUCUUAUUAUAUGUUGCUUUUAAUGAUCCACAUCGAUGUACAGCUGAUUUUGAACAUGGCGAGUUUUGUGAGAUGUUUGGGAAUGGCCAGCCUGGUAAAGGUGUGAUACCAGAUUGGAAACCAAUUCAUUAUAAACCAGAAGAUGUGGAAUUGCCGUUCUUCAUCCAAGACACACCUGCAGCAAGAGAUGAAAUAGCAAAGCAGUACACUACCAUCAGUAGAAUGGACCAAGGUAUUGGACUUUUUAUGAAAGAGCUUGAACAGGCCGGGUUCAGUGACAACACAUUGGUUAUAUUCACCUCUGAUAAUGGAAUACCUUUCCCUGGUGCAAAGACAAAUCUUUACGAAAAGGGUAUGGGAGAACCAUUCCUUGUUUCCUCGCCAUAUCACAAGAAAAGGUGGGGACAAGUAAGUGACGACUUGGUUAGUAGUUUGGAUAUCAUACCAACUGUCCUGGACUGGUUCGAUCUUUCAUUUCCAGAUUAUAAAUUGUUCAAUGAAAAAGUGAAGUUGAGUGGCAAAUCUUUACUCCCAGCUCUAGAAAAGGAGCAGCCAACAUGGGACACUGUGUUCGCUAGCCAUGAUUUCCACGAAAUAACAAUGAACUACCCAAUGAGGGUUAUGAAACAUAAAAACUACAGACUUAUACAUAAUUUAAACUACCGAAUGCCCUAUCCAGUCGCCCUAGAUGUUGGUCUCUCUGCAACUAUGCGUGAUAUCCUAAAUCGUACUGAAGCACAUCAGAAAACUGGAUGGUACAAGACACUUGAUGAGUAUUAUUACAGAGAUGAAUGGGAGUUAUUUGACGUAAGCAAAGACCCUCAUGAGCUGAACAACUUGGCACAAGAUCCACACCAUUUGAACGUCUUUCAGGAUAUGAAGAAAAAACUGUCGUCAUGGCAAUAUGAAACAGGUGACCCAUGGAGAUGUUCUCCAGAGGGUGUUUAUGUGGAUGCUGGUGUAUACUCUAAGGAUCCUUUCUGUUUGUCUCUUCUUAAUGUUCCACCAAAGUGACAUUUCAAAAGUCUCGAAAGAUUAAUUUUCCCCUAAAGUAGACUUAAUAGCACGGAUAUUGUUAAAUUAUAUUAAACAAACCCAAUUAUUACACCAGAUUGAAAUAUAAAUAAAUAAGAAUAAAUAAAAAUAAUACAUUUAGCGGAAGUUGCCAGUGCAGCCGUGCUUAGUAUACUGGUGAUUAACAAUAUCGCCAUCAUAUCAUACGCGACCACGAAUAAAUUGAUAUUAACUAAAAGAAAAGACUAACAACCAUGAG